AUGAACUAUCAGCAGCCGCCAAGGAUUGGACGUCGUGCAGAGAAACUGGAUGCUCUCAAUGGCAAGUUUGUCAAUUCGUUGGUUCAAGGACUCGAACCCUACUCGCUGGACGAAUCAAUACCCAAUCUUGACCAAGAGACCAAAGACGAACUACAAGUAGCGCAUGCACAAGUGCUUGAUUAUUUACAGGAGCAUAUGACAAACAUGUUUGAUCGUGUCAAGUCCGAACGAAAUGUAGUGGAAAAGUUAAACGAGCUUGAGCAAAUGAUACUGGAAGCAGGUACCAAUAGCGGUCAAAGAAUCCUCCCGGAUCCAGAAAGCGUGGUGCGUGCAUUACGGAUAAAGAUCAAGAUGCGGGAAUUGGAGCGUUUAAUAUCAGAGGAGAGCAAGCUUCAAGAUGAAAAUUGUCAAUUGAUGGAUGAGGUGGCCCAAAAAGUUGCUAGACUUGAAGAAGGAAAUCAAAAGCUGGAAAAAGAAGCGGAACGCAAUGAACAGACUGCAAGAUUCCUCAUUGAUUUACCCAUUGAACAACAAUUUGAUCCAAUAUUCGAUAGAUUAGAACAUAGUGAGAGCGUGUAA